AUGAAAUUGCUCAAUCGACUCAGCGACAAGAUCGCCGGCAAGCCCUCAUCCAGCCAGCCAGCCGAAGACACUGCCCAGCUCCUAAGCUCUUCCAGCGACACUUCCAGCAGCACCACACCCCUCCACGCCUCUCUGCCUUACGGAUUCGAGUGGUCCCCCAGGCCUUUGAGUCACGGACAGACCUGGAUGUUGUCCACCACCACUCUCGCCAUGGGCAGAGACUACAAGCAAGCCUCAAGCCUGGCUUUGCUCGACAACGAGUACUUCGCGGAGCUCUUCUCUGCUCCCCAGCCCAAAGUACGCGAUGCACUGAUACAGCAUGAACAAUACACUGACAAGCACAGGNGCACUUAUCUUACCAUGAUCGAACUCGAGCGUUGUGACGAUGACACCGACGGCGGUCGCAUUGACCGCUACGAUCCCAAGUACAUCGAAGAAGUAAUCCACUUCUUCUACAAGUUCGACAUCUCUCAACGCGUCACUGAGUUGCCUGCAUACGAACGUCUCUGCUUCCUCGCUAAAGUCCACUGCACUGCUACCCAGUUCCGUGCUCCCGACGUGGUGAAGGCGUUGACUGCCAUCAUGGGCGAUUGCCUUCCCCAGUUCAAUAGCAAUAAGCAGCAGGUCAGCGGCCCCUUUCUGGCCGACUUCGCAAAGCUUUGUCGCUGGGUCUUCGACCAGCCAGACUUCCCUGGUCUUGUUUGGCAGUUGAAGCUGUACCUCAUCGAGUACUUGAAGGCAAACAUCAACCUCUUGCUUCAGUCGAAGGAGAUGUGCGAGAUGCUGCGUGACUGCAUCUUUGGUGGUCUGAACAGUGAAGGCAUGGUACGCGAGCCUGUGGCCAACUAG